AUGAGAGAGAAUAACAAUACGGUUUAUUUGAACCUUCAAGGUGUUACUCCCGAUGAUGCUGGAGAAUAUACCGUAACGGCUAAAAAUAUUGCGGGUGAAUCACAAAGCUCAGUGAAAUUACGAAUUAAGGAUUCCGAAGAUGACGAAACUCCGAUAUUUAUACGAAAACUUAACGAUUUAUCUGUUAAAGUUGGUACGAGAACAAGAUUUUUAGUGGAAAUAAGAAGUUCCACUGAUUUAAAGGUUGUGUGGUAUAGAAAUGAUGUUCCUAUUUUUGAAAACGAUAGGUAUCAUUUUCUUCACGAAGGCAACUUUUUUUGCGUAGACGUUGCUCCCGUCACCGUCGAAGAUGGAGGACGUUGGGCAUGCGUUGGUGAAAAUCAAGUCGGUAGAGCUUCUUGCUCUUGCAGAUUGAACGUACUCAUACCGAAAGCUUAUUCUGCACCGAAUUUUAUCGAAGAAUUAAAAGCCGUUUUGAGCAAUCAAGGUACGGUGUCUUUAGAAUGUAAAGUUAUCGGCGUACCCACUCCGGUAUUAAAAUGGUACAAAGAUGGUAAAGAAAUCAAAGCCGGAGACAUGUUUGCACUGACGGCAAAUCCCGAUGAUCCCACUUCUUUGGGUACAUAUACGUGCGAAGCUGUUAAUUGCAUGGGUAAAAGUUUUUCAUCGUCGCGGGUACACGUUAUGGGUAGAGGUAGUAGAGAGGGUUCUUUAAAGCCGGCCGAUUAUCCAUCCAUAACCGGUCCUCCUCCUCAUUUUUCCCAAGAACUUAAAAAUGAAAAAGUUAAAAUUGGAUCGACUCUUAAUUUAAAUUGUCAAAUCGAUGUGCCACCCUGGCCUAGGACCAUACACUGGUAUAACAAAGAGGGAAAAGUGGAACCGAGUGAAAAAUAUCACAUCAUGGAAGAUGGUCUUGGUGGUUAUUCAAUAGAAAUAUAUCCAUUAGAAGCCAUUGACGAAGGUGAAUGGAAAUGCGUGGCAAAAAGUGACACCGGAGUCAUGGGAAUCAGUCAGUGUUUUGUAGAAAUGUCAUAUCCUAAAAAUUAUCGUAAACCAAGAUUUUUAGAAAGUCUAAAAGCCAUUCUUACAGAUGAAGGUUUAGUAUCGUUCGAAUGUAAAGUCGUAGGUUUUCCAACACCUCAACUUCAAUGGUUUAAAGACGGACAAGAAUUAAGACCUGGAGACGUUUACCAAUUGACCGGUACAAAUUCUUUAGGUUCUUAUUCUUGCAUAGCUAAAAAUUGUAUGGGAGAAGCAAAAAGUACGGCCGAGUUAACCGUCGAAGAUAUACAAUACCAAUUAAACGACGAAGAAAAAUCAUUAUUAUUUUCUAAAAAUCAACCUCCGAGAUUUAUACGGGGUCUUAAAAGUUGCGAGGCUUUAAUUAACGAAAAUUUCAGGUUUACCGUCAAAGCUACGAUUGUACCGACGGCUGAUUUAAUCUGGUACAAAGAUGAUAAAAAAAUUGAAAAAUCCGAUGAAAGGUUUUUGAUACAGCAGGAGAAUUUAGGCGUCUGCCAUUUAGAUGUUAAAAAAUUAGACAUAACAGAUCAAGCCGAAUGGAAAUGCGUUGCGACAAAUGAAUUCGGACAAAGCGUCACAUCCGGAUUUUUGAAAUUAAUCAUUCCAAAACAUUUUAAAAAGCCAAGAUUUUUAGAAUGUUUAAGAGCUAUACUUACGGAAAAGGGUGCCGUGAAUUUGGAAUGUAAAGUUAUCGGCAUACCCCAGCCAACCCUUAAGUGGUUUAAAGAUGGUAAAGAAUUAAAACCUGGUGAUAUACAUAAGAUUAUUUCCGGACAGGAUGGUACUUGUUGUUUGGGUACUUACACAUGCCAAGCGGAAAACUGUAUGGGUUCCGUAUCGAGUUCGGCUUCUCUUUUAGGUUUCGAAGAUCGUGCUGCUAAAAAACAACCGGUAUUGUACAAACCGGAAUUAAAUUUAGCCAAAAACACAUCAUUGUCGACCAUUAACGAAGAAAGAACGUCACAAAUGUACGACACUCCAUUAAGUGAACAUUCUAUAACUGCCGAUGAACGUGGUGACGUUUCAUUUUCCUUUGAUGGUAAAGAAGUUUCGAUAUCUUUAUACGAAACUCCCGAUUUGACGGAAGAAGAAGCUCUUCAAGUUGUCGAAAUGUAUGCUGAUGAACUCUCCGAACACGUUUCAGAACAAAACGUAGUAGAACUUCCUCCUCUUCGUUUUACCAAAGAAUCUUCAAAAUCCGGUCCUCUGUUGAUGGAAGCAGUGGUUAUAGACAUAACACCCGAAUAUUUUUCAUCCGCUGAAGAUGAUUUAAGAACGGAAGCGGAUUUAGAAGAUGUUUCUAUGGUUGAAGAAUUACAACAUGUAAAAACUCAAUUGGUCGCAGAAGGACCGGCUUACGAAAAUAUCGAAUAUAAUUUAACGGAAAAAAGUUUUAAGAAUUUACAAGAGCACCAGCAUAAAACGUCGAAUAAAAGUUCGGAAAAUUCGGAAAAAGAUUCUUUUAAAAGUUUUUCAGACAAUAAAAAUAACGAUGCGACGAUGACGGACGUAUCAUUUUCAAGCGCAAAAGAAUCCAAUCAAAUGGGUAAAGAUAAUAAAAGAAAAUUAAAAGAUGAAAACACGAGUGGUAAAAGAAAAAAAUCAAGAUCUCGUUCAACAUCGAAAGAAAAACAUUUACGACAAGAAAGAAAAUGUUCGAAUAAUGAUUCCGCCGCAAUCGUAACUCAAAAGAAAACAUCGAAAUCGAAUACUCCGGAAUUACCGGAUGAAAUACGAAAAAAUAAAAAAAAAAGGAAAAACGUAACGGAAGUUAAUGAUGAAAAGAAAAUGACUGACAACGAACGGGAAGAUGUGUCAAUAGAAGAAUUCACAUCGAGUCAAGAACGAAAAUUAUCUUCCUCCGAAGAAAAACAAAUGAAAAAAAAAAGAUCAAAAUCGAAAUCGAUGGAAAAAGAUGAUGAGUCGAUACCUAAACCUCCGGCAAGAAAAAAAAAAUUAUCGAAAACUAUUUCACCCCCCGAUAGUAAAUUAGAAGAAACAUCCGGUAGAGGAACGGAAAGUAAUAACGCAAGUGAUAACGUAAUCAAUACGAUAGACCACGUGUCUGAUAAGAGAGUGGAAGCGUCAACCCGUGAACAAAUACAAAAACAAUCAUCGGACAGUUUAGAAUCGACAAAAGAAUCAGAUUCGAAUAUUGAAACCGAAAUGGAAAGUUUUAAAAGAAAUGAAAAAAAAUCACGUUCGAGAUCAUUGUCGACGGAAACAUCAUCAUCUCAAAGGCGUAAAAGUAAUAAAAAACAAAAUGAAAAAUCUUUUGAGGAAAACAAUGAAAAACAAUCGGAAAAUAAUAAUUUGGAAACGUGUAAAAGUGACGUCAAAACAAAAUUACCGUUGAUUUUAUAUAAAAACAUAACAAAAUCAUUGAGAGAAAUCGAUGAAGAUUUAAAAAAAUUAGAAAAUCAAAUUCAAACGAAAUGUUUGACAAACGUCACAUCCGUUUCCUUUGAAAAAUUUACAAACUCUAUGGAAACGUUUAAAAAAUGUUUUGAAACUAUCGGGGAAAAUUUAAAAACGGAUACAGAAACUCAAUCGAACGUACAAAUUUUACAAUUGAUUGAUCGUCCACUUCAAGACCUUAAAACCGGUUUAAAAUUACUCGACGAGAAAAAAACGGAUACGGAUGUGGGAGACAUAUUGGAAAUAUUUCGUCUCGUUCUUAAUCAUUUAAAAAAUCAAACGGCGGAAAUAAAAGAGGUCGAAGGUCGUCAAUCAAUGACGGAUGAAUUUUUAAAAAUAUCAAAACCGUUAGAAUCUAUAAUAAAUUCAACGGAUUCAUUAAAAUUAGAAUUAUCGCAAAAAUUACAAAAAGGCGAUAAAUCGAAAUUAUCGAUCGAGUUAUUGAGAAUUCUCGUGCAACCGGUACAAGCGUUAAAAAGCACCGUCGAAUUGUUGGAAGUCAAUGCGGAUAAAGAUGGCGGUGGAAUUUCGACAGGCGGUUUAGCCGAACCCAUACAAAAUUUAAAUUCUACGUAUAGUAUUAUAGAACAACACGCGGAUCAAAAUGCUGGAGAACAAUCGAUAUCGAAAAAAAUCAUAAAAAUUCUUUCUCCUUCCAUAAAUCGAAUCAACGAAACGAUAAAAUCAUCGACGAAUGUCCUGGAUAAAAAAAAUUUUCAAAUAUUAUCGGAACAAGUUGUGAAAAUUCAUAAAGAAUUAGCUAAAAUGGUACAGGAAAUGUUUUUCUCACCGUCAAAAUCCAAAUCACCGGUGAAUAGAGAUUCACUUCCGGUACUCAUACACCUUUCCGAAUGCAUAUCUCAAAUAUUAAAUAAUUUAACGGAGACGGAAACGGAAACGGUAGCGCAAACGACAAUUUUAAAAAGGGAAAUUUUCGAACCGAUAUUGGUGCCUUUGAAAGGUUUACAAACGACCAUCGAUCAAUUUCAACAAUUUACAGAUGAUGAAGAAAUGUAUUCGGAAAUAAUAACCGAACAUUUACGAACUUUGGAUAGAUGUUUAAUGAACGUAGAAUGUAAGUUGGAUGCACUGCCUUCUCGAAAAAAAGGCGAAAUAAAUAAUGAAAAUUUGAAACAAAUAAUCAACGAAAUACGUAAAGAAAUAUCGUUGAUAUUUCGUUUCGUUGAAUUCGGUGGCGAAUCAUCAGCCGAAGUUUGGAAUUCUCUCGUGACGCCCCUACAAAAAUUAAACGCUAAUUUAACCGUUAAAAAAUCAAUUAAAAAACCGCCGUUGCACACAUCGAAAAGCGGUUCGAGCUUGGGAAGAUCGUUGGAAGUCAUCAGGCAAACAUCCGAAGAACAAAGUAAAAUUGAAGUGUCACAAACGGAAGAACCGAAAAUGAGUUUGACAGUUUUGAGACCCCUGGAAAAACCCCUGCAAGAUCUCGAAGAAGGUUUCGGAAUACUCAUGCAACAUAUAUUAGAAAGAGAACGUUUAACGGAUGAAGAAAAACCGUUGAUGGAACAAGAGGUACAAAAAUUAUUAGAAAUAUUAUCCGUGUCUUUUGAAACAUUUCAAGAAAAAUGGUUGGGAGUGCAAAACGAGAGUCCUUCUAACGUUUCCAUACAGGAAACAAACAUCCUCCUACAACUUAUAAACGAACUUAACAACGGUGCAAACGCUAUACAGUCACAAAUGAUCGAGUACGAGGGUAUAUCGAACAAAGCCAAAGAAGUCAUUAAUGAAAAUAUUCAUUCGAAUUUGAAAAAUUUAAAAUCUUCAAUAUCGGAAGUUGAAAAUGUCGUCAGACAAGAAUCGUUGGAAACCAUCGGAGAAAUGAAAAAAUUCAAAUCGACCGUUGACGCGGUGAAAAACGAGAUGAAAAUUUUAGUGAGAGAUUCAACGACGGAUUCCGGCGAAACAAAAGUUUUAAAUAUAAUAUCGGAAAAGUUAAAUAAUUUGUCGGAAAAUAUAAAAACGUUUAAAAUCGCGACGACGGAAACGGAUUCCGAUCAAAUAUUGGAUGAUGUAAUUAAAAAAGUCAUUUUAAAUUUCGAAGAAGAAAUCAUGAACGUGUCGCACAAUGUUAAAAAUGACGUCAAAGAAGACGACGCGAAAGUUGAAAAAAUACUCGAAUGCGCCGAAGAAUUGGCCAUAACUCUCGUUAAUAAAAAUGAAAAUUUAAAAAUUGAAACUUUAAAUUUCGUCACAUCUGCUUUUGAUAACUUUUCUAAACAAAUAAAAGAUUUGGUAAAAUCUUCGGAGGAGAGUAAAGUAGUCGUUACCUCCGCACCUCCUCAAAAUGAAGAAAAGACGAUUGAUAACGUCGAACUCGAUUUACCAAAAGAAGAAGAAUCUUCUUCCGGUGGUAUAAAAGACGAGUAUUCGGUAUUGGAACCGAUGAAACUUGUUCGAUCAAACGAUGAAAUUAUAUCAUCGGAUGAUAAAGAGGAAAAUGAUAAAACUCGACAUAUGGCACCUGAUAGAAAAGUACAAGAACCUCCUCAAGCUGAUACUCUCAAAGAAAUAAUUAAUCUCAUAAAAAUUAAUCUCGAUAAAGUGGAUUUAAUUUCAAACGUGGAAACGAAAACGGUUAAAGAUUCCUUAAAAUCCCUUCAGGCUGUUAUGAACACGAUCGUGUUGAGUUCGGAUGUUGAAGAAUCAGCAAUUAUCAUUUUGGAAAAUCUCGUUCAACCUUUGAAAAAUUUAAGCGAAGGUUUACAAACGAUAAAUAAUUCAUCAUCAAUUUUUUCGGAAAUGUUGAAUCCACUUGUGGAUGCGGGGAAAAAAUUAUUUCAAAUACAAGAAGAAAUAAAAGGACAAGUAAAUCAAAUUGAAAAACCAUGCGUAGUGGAAAAACUUUUAAAUCCUCUUGAAAAUCUUCAAUUGGCAUUAAGUCACAUUUUAAAUUAUUCUAACGAAUCGAUGGUUUCCAAACCGGAAACGAUGGGAAAAUUAGAAAAUUUAAGGGAUUUGAUAUUGAAAAAUAUCGAAUUGAUAUCCGAAAUCGAAACUUUUACGGAAGAAGAUAAAAUUGAUUUGAUUUCCCCGCUGCAAAUGAUUCGGGAAAAUAUUUUAAAUGUUGAAAAUGUCGAAAAUGUCGUCGUAGAAAUCGUUAACAAUUUGAUAAAUCCCCUAAAAGAAGUAGAAAAAAAUUUAACGGAUGUUAAGUCCAAUACGUUAGAAGGAGUACAAAUACUGGAACCGAUAAUAAAAAUUCAAAUUUUAAAAGAUGAUGAAAAAACAACCGGAAAUGAAGAGAAAAACCAAAAAUCGUCGAAAGAAAAAAUAUUGCUGGAAAAUGUUUGUUUACUACAAGAAAAUUGUAAAAAAAUAAAAUUGAAAAAAUCUCUUCCUCCUCCUCCUCUUCAACAAGAAUCAAUAAUAAUAAUGAUAAAUAAUUUAACGGAAAAAAAUAUAAAUACGAUUUUAGAGAGUGAAAUAUUUAAAUCGGAAAUGAAAGAAGAAUUGAUAGAGCCGUUGAAAUUUUUAGAAAGAAAAAUGGAAAAUGCGGAAUGCGCAAACGAAUGCGUAAAUACGAUUUCGAAAAAUUUACAAAUUGUUUUGGAGCAAAUGUUAGACGACGUAUUCGAAAAAACAAAAAAAGGAGAAGGGAAGAAUUUCGAAGAAAUAAAAAUGGCCGUCGAGAAAAUCAAUAACGAAUUAGAAAAUUUACAAGAAGAAAUAAUAAAAAAUAUGGAUGAGAAAAAAAUAUUACGAGAAUUUAUCGAACCCGUAAGUGCAAUUCGAAUCGGAUUAUCGAAAAUAAUCGAAUGGAUAAAAACGGAUAAAGUUUUUUUAGAAAAUUUAAAUCCGUUGGAAGAUUUAAAGGGGUUAAAAAAAGAAAAUGGAAUAAAGGUUAUGAAUUUAGCAGAAGAAAACAUAGUCGCGAUUUCCGGCAACGAUUCGUUGGAACCUGAAGUCAAAGAAUCUUUGAUAGAAUCGUUGAAAGAAAUAGAAAAUAAAUUAGAAAGUGUCACUAGUGAGAGUGUCAAUAGAAAUUUACAAGUCGCGUUGGAAGAAAUGCUUCAUCACGUAGUUGAAAAUGUAAAAAAUAUAGAAAGCGUUAAAGACUCUGAAGGUUCAGCGAAUGUUCGAGAAGAGGUUAAAGAUUUAAAGGUCGCCGUAAAAGAAAUCAACGAUAAAUUAGAAAGCAUUGAAAAUGAAAUAAUUAUUGAAAAUUGUGAUGAAAUGAAUAAAAUUAUCGAACCGAUAGAAAAAUUAAAAAUCGGAUUAACGAAUUUAAUAAUAAUGCCCAUGGAGGAAGGAUUAACGGAUUAUGAUGAUGAAUCAAAAUUAAAAUCUUCAGAGAAAAUGAUUGAGGUCGUGGAAGAAAAUAUUAAACUCGUUGGCAACAGUCAUAUUUUACCGGAAAAUGUUAAAAUAGAAUUGAUAAAACCUUUGGAAAAUUUUAAAGAAAAAUUAAAUGAAAUAAAAGAUGUUGAACCGAAAUUAUACGAAAUUGUUGAAACUUUGGUAAAACCUCUUCAGACGUUAGAAACUACGAAAGCAGAUGAAGAAAAUUUAAAAAUGGCGACGCUGCAAGGAUUACAAUCUUCCAUAAAAAAAGCACAAGAAGAAAUUUUCACAUUACGCGAGGAAGCUAUAAAAGAAACGACAGACGAAGAUCUCCCUCGUGAUAAACAAAAAGCAGAAGUUUUAUCGACGAUGAUAAAAUCAUUGGAACCGUUAGAAAUAACCGUUUGUGAAAUUAUUGAAAAUGUAAAUUCCGUCCCGACAUCACCGCCAUCUUUAAAUGUUUCGGUAACAACAAUUGACGAUGAUUCCAGUUCAAAAGGAUUCGUCGCAAAUUUGGAAAAUCCGUUAAAAAAACUAAAAGAAAAAGCUGAAAUUUUACAAACUGCUUAUUUAUCAGAUGAAAUAUUAAAAUUUGCUGACGAUAAAAUAAGCAAACCGUUAUUUGAUCUCCAGCAAUGCGUUGCGAAUGUUAAAAUUGAAGAAGGUGUAAACGAGGCUGCCAUUUUGAAACCUAUUGAAGAUGUAAGGUUGGGUAUAGAGGCUGUGAAACAAAAAAUUAAUGAAAAAAUUAAUAAAACCGACGAAGUGGUUAAAAGUGACGUAGAACUGCUGAAAAAUCUAUCAGACUUUUUAAACGAAAUGACGGAAAGUCUAAAUAAACCGAUUGUGAUUGAAAAAGAUGUAACGAGGACCGAUGACAAUGACAAAAAAGACAAAAGUACAGACGUGAAAUCGGAAAAAGUUGCCGACGAUAAUCGUCAGACGGAAAUAAAGGAAGACAAAAGCGUUAAAGAAGAAAAAUUAAAAGUUCAAAAAGCUCAGGAAGAAGUUUGUGAUGACCUGAAAGAAAAAGCAGAAGACAAAGUUAAACAACAAUCUCAUUUGAAUCAGGUGACGGAUGCCCAACAAUUAGAAUCGUCAGAUGAUGUUUUGCUGUCGGUUAUAAAAAGUGUAACCGAAUGUUUAGCUUUUCCAAAAUCAGAAGAAAUUUCACGCGUAGAAGAAACUUUAGAUUUAAUUAAAUCCAUCGAAGAUCUGAAAACUAAAAUCGAAGCGAACGUGGUCCCUCGCGAAGAGUUAGAAAAUCUAAUCGAACCAAUGGAAAAAUUAAACGUUUCGAUAAAACAAGCUGAGAAAAUUUUAGAACAACCUUCUGAAAAAUUGAUUGAACAAGUACAAAAAUCAGCCGAAGAAGUUAAAAAUGAAAUUAAUAAUUUAAAAAAUGAAUCUUUAGAUUUAAAAACACCGUGCGAUAAACAAAUGGAACCUUUUAAAAUUACAAAAGCAGAAGAAAUAAUAUCUUUUGAAGAGGCACGUGAUUUAGAAAGUCAAAAAGUGCCAGAAUCCGAAAAAGUAGUCCCGGAAUUGAUAAACGUUAUCGAUAAAAGCGUUGCUUGUAUUGAAUCGAAAGAAAUAUUUCAGGUUGAAGAGGUUAAAAAAUUAGUCGAACCUCUCAAAAUGAUAAAAGUUAAAUUAGACGUGUCAAAAGAACGUGAUGAAAACUUUGACGGUGUCGUACGACAAAUUUUACAAUCUAUAAUAAACGUGGAAAAAGAAUUGGAAAAAUUGGAAACCCUCGAACAAAUUCCAGAUAUAUCGGAAAAAAUCGGUCAAAUAUGCGAAUUAAACGUCACGACUCAAGUCGCAACCGCAUUAAAUACUGAAAAAGAUUUUCAAAAAGCAGACGACGUUAUUUUAACCGAAGUUUUUAAUUUACCGUUACAAGAAUUUAAGGUUGCACUUGAAGAAAUUGGUCAUUUGAAAAUCAUUCCGAAAGACUCGAUUAAAAAUGAACUCGUACAAACGAUAGAUGACAACGUGCAAACGAUAAAAGAUGUCAAAAUACUAGCAGAAGACGUUAAGGAAAACAUAAUCGAACCGCUAUUGGAUUUAAAAGAAAAACUGGAGAAAACAAACGAAGAAAAAGAUGAAAAUUUUGGUCCUUUUAAAAAUCUGAGCGCGUCUUUGAAAAAUUUGAAGAACGCGCUCGAAGGAUUUGAAAACGUGGAAGCAGAACAAAUUGAGGAAACAAUAAAUUUACCGUCCGCAAUAAAACUCAUAGUGAAUCCAUUGUUGGAAACUCGAAAUGAAAUCGCCGCGAUUCAACAAACGAUUGUUGUAGAACCGAAAGAAAACAAACAACAAACAUUGGUAGAAGUUAAAGAACCUCUCGAUAAAUUAUCAAAAGGUAUCGAAAACGUUUUAGAAUUUUAUUCCGAAUCGACAAAAGAAUUAAAAGAAACGGAGAAGACGUUAGAAAUCGUACCGGAAAUAAUUCAAAUCAUCGAAAGAAACAUAAGUAUUAUCGAAAAACCGGAAGUUAUCGAUGAAGAAUCUGUUAAAAUGGGUUUGUUGGAACCUUUGAAAAAAAUUCAAGCGACGUUGAUUGAAUCGAAAUGUCAGGAAAAAUUAAAUGAAAAUUUUGGAGGAAUACUUACGGAAAUGGUGAUGCCAUUGGAAAAUUUUGAAAAUGAAUUGAAACUUUACGAAGAGAAUAAAUGUGAAAGUACUUGUACCUUGAUUGAACCGUUACGUCAUUUAAAACAAAAUAUUGACGUCAUAAAUGUACAAACGAUGUGUUCAGGGGAGGAAGUAAAAGAUAUAGCGAAGCCGAUGGAAGAACUUGAAAAUUUCCUGUCGAAAAUAAUACGUGACGAAGAGGAAAAAGAAAAAUCUCUAAUAAAAAAUAAUAUCGUUCGAGUUAUCGAAAACAACGUCGCAUCCAUUCAAGAAUGUUCAAUCAUUCACGAUGACGUCAAAGAAUCUUUAGCAAAACCUUUGAAAUAUUUACAAGCGGAAAUUGUUGAAGUUGUAGAAAACGAAUUGAUCGAUGCGAAAACAAUAAAAAUUAUUGAAAAUAUAUCAAAACCGUUUAAGGAUUUCGAAUCGAAUUUAAAAAUGGCGGAAAUUGUUUUAACGGAAAAUAUACCGGAAGAAAAAUGUAAAUCUUAUUUGGUAAAAUCGAUGGAAAAUUUACAAGAGAAAAUUACUCGAAUUUAUGAAGAAACGGAAAAAUUAUCCGGGGAAAAAAAUAUUUUACGCGUGGUUGAACCUCUUAAGGACGUCAAAAUUGAGUUGGAAAAAAUUCUUCAACCUCAAAUUGGAAAAAUUGUUGAUGGUGAUGAUGAUGAUGAUUCGUUUGUUAAUUUAAUCGAUGGUUUAAUUGAAAAAAAUAAAAAGGUUGUUGUAAUUAGUAAUGAUUUAAACCCGCUCGAAACGUCUUUGACAAAUUUACAAUCGGCAUUAAGUGAUAAAUCGAAAAAUGAUUUCGAAAUGAUGAAAGUUAUCGAACCAUUGAAAGAAUUGAAAAAUGAUCUGAUGGAAAUUUCUGAAAAAUAUCCAGAAUCUCAACUGAUAAAAGCGACGGAAGAAAUCGCACAAAACAUUAUCAAAUUCGAAAAAGAAAAUGCUGUUGGGAAAGAAAAUAAAGAAAAAUCGUUUAAUGAUGUUGUAUGUGAUUUAACGCAACCUUUAAUCCACCUUCAUGAGGGUUUGAUAAAAGUCAUUGGAGGAAAAGAAGAAGUUUUAACAAAUUUGGAAUUGAAAAAACCAAAUUAUGAAAAAAUUCCAUUGGAAUUGAUUGAAUUGAUUGAUAGUAAUGUCGCACAAAUAGAAGAGGUAAAAAUGUUUGAUCAGGUUGUCCGAAAUGAUUUAAUUGAUUCUAUGAGUACUUUGAAAAAUAAAAUUUCUGCUAUUCCUGAAUCUGAAAAUAAAGUUUUGUCAAAUUUAGCAAACGUGGUAGAACCGUUUAAAAAAAUAGACGAAAGUUUAUUGAGUCUAAAACAAGCAGAUUUGGAGGAAAUCGAUAAAAACAAAAAUAAAGUCAAUGAUAUAUUAACUAAUGUAAAAGAAGCUAAAAUUAGUUUUGAAAAAACAGUGGAAACGGUACAAGAAAAUAUUACGAAUAAUUUGGAAAAAGAAGAAAAAGUAAAAUUGGUAAAACAAAUAAUUGAACCUUUGGAAAAAGUUGAAAUCAUACUAACGGAUAUAAUUAAAAACAGUGAUAUCGAAAUUAUUAAAAAGACAGAGGGAGAACAAUUAAAAGCCAAGACAAAACAAGAAGAUGAAGAAAAAUCUGAGAAGCCUCUUGAAGAAUUAAUAACCAAAAAACAAUUGAGUUAUGUUGAAUCCAAACCAACGAAACAUGCUGACGAUGACGAGUGGGACGAUAAAAACAUAAAAGAAAAACAGAACCUGAAAUACAUAAAUGAAAUGGAUAAUGCCAAUGAUUCGAAUAGAAAUAUGGCGUCUUACGACCGAGAAAAUCGUUUUGACAAAAAUUUUGAAGUUUCUUCUCGUCCUUCCUUAAACGAUUAUAAAUUGAAUACCUCUGAAGAAUAUUUAGAUUCAACAAGAAAACAUGAGAGAUACAAUUUAGCAGAAGAUACUUUUAGCAGAAUUAAUAUCAAGGAUAACUUCGACAGUAAAAACUACUACUCUAAAAGAGAACGCAAAUCUCCAGCUUCUUCUUUUUCCAACGCGGAUACGACACACUUGGGCAUGUCUUACUACGACUCCAAACAGGGUGCGGUUCACAAAACGAAAAAGCCAAAUUUUUUGACACGUUUAACCGAUCGGACAGCAACUCAAGGAAGUACCAUAAGAUUAUCCUGUACUACUCUCAACACACCGGAUUCGACAAUCAAAUGGCUUAAAGAUGGUACGCCACUGUUUACGAAACCUUCCGAUCAUACAUCUACCAAAUACAGAACCACAGUUCAAAAUGACAUAUCGACGUUGGAAAUUUCAAAUGCCACCCUCGGUGACAGUGGACAGUAUACGUGCAUAGUUCAAAAUCCUUUGGGUGAGAUAUCGACGACGGCAGCGGUAAAAGUUUACGGAGAAUUCGAACCUGCUCCUUUUCCACCGAUAUUUACAAGACCUAUAAGAGAUUUUUAUAAAUAUUCCGAAGAUGAACUUGUAUUGGAAUGUCGAGUCAGGUCUCAACCCCCUCCUAAAAUUACCUGGUUGAAAAAUUCAGCUCCCAUAAAAGCAACAUCGAGGUUUCAAAUAACGGAAUCGAAAGAUGGUUUGUGCACUUUGACAAUUUAUCAUCCGGAAGCAGACGACAGCGGGGAUUACACUUGCAAAGCUGAAAAUCCUGUAUCAUCGACUUCUCUAUCACAUUUUGUUAAUUUCACCGAAAGGAAUCAAUACGUGAAAAAUAAAAUGGCGACGGAGGGGGCAAGCAGAUCGAUGAGAAAUUUGGACGUGCCUAAAUUUCAUUCUGGUUUAAAAGAUACGAAAUUUCAAAUCGGUAGCACCAUCGCUUUGCAAGUCGAACUCAAAGGUACCCCGAAAGAAGUUAAAUGGUUGAAAAAUUCCGAAGAACUUUCUCAAACUUCAACCAGAAUCCGAUCCUUCGAAGAUUCCGGAGUCUAUACGUUAUUAGUUACGGAAGCUUCGGAAAGAGAAACUGGUAUAUACACGUGUAGAGCAUACACCAAAUACGGACACGUGGAUAGCAGUGCUAAAAUACAAGUCGUACCACACGGUCACACGACUGGAAAACCACCCGAGAUAUUAAAUAAACCCGAAAGCAUGCAAACGAUUUUUGUCGAAGACGACAUCAUAUUCACGUGUAGAGUCACCGGAGAACCGAGACCUAAAGUUACAUGGUUGAAAGGUGUUAAGAAUAUAACCGUCACGGAUAGAACGAUGAUGGAACAUAGUAACGACUAUUAUAAAUUCACACUUAAAAAAGCAGUACCCGCGGAUGCGGGUACAUAUUGGAUAGUAGCUAAAAAUAUGUUUGGAAGCGAAAAAGCCUUCGUCACUGUACAAAUACGACAAAGGGCAAGAUCACUCACACCUGGACCAUUUAGCAGUUCAAGAUGGAAUUGGAGAGUCAACGAUGGUGGUGGCGGUGGUGGUGGUGGUGGUGAUGAUGGUGCAAUGGAUACCAAACACAAAACAAUCAUCAUUCGUACAAAAGUUAUUUUCAUCGCGAAAUUUGAAUUUUCUUUUUCCCCUCCAUUUCCGUUUAAAAUGAAAGUUUUAAACGGGAAUUCUGUGAUUUUAAAUAACGAACAAAAUACGGAUAAUGAUAAUAAUGAUAAUAAAUUAUUAGCAUUGCAAAAUUUAAGGUUUUCGUGGUUGAAUAAAUAUAAUAAUUCAAAUAAUUCUAAAGUUUAUGAUUUUUUGGAAUAUUUAACCGGAUAUCAAGGUACCGGAAAAACUCCAGGACCGAUUUCUGGAGAACCCUACAUAACGGAUUGCGGUAGAAAUUGGUUUACACUUACGUGGGAUAAACCAAAUAACCGGGGAGCAGGACCCGUCGUUGCAUAUAGAAUCGAAAUAUGGCAAAAUUUUGAAAAUGGCGGAGGAGCCGGAUGGUCGGAAAUAGGAGUUUCACCCGUGAAUACUUUUGACGUAUUCAAUUUAAAACCCGGAGCCGAAUAUAAUUUUAGAAUAACUCCUAGAAAUCGUUACGGAUGGGGAGAAUCUUAUGUCACGUCAAAACCCCUCGGAAUCGAUAACAAAGUCGUUAAUUUACCGGAAUUUAUAAAAAUAUUACCGGGUCAAUUGAAAGGUUUACUGGGACAGGAAAUUAUUUUAUGCUGUCAAGUACAAAGUGACGUCAUACCCACAAUCACGUGGUAUAAAGAUAGUCAACAAAUAGAUUUUGAAAAUGAGAGUAGGUUACGACAAAGUUACGACAAAGGGGAAUGUCAUUUAAUAAUAAAUAAUCUACAAGAAGAUGAUUCCGGUCGGUACACGUGCGAGGCUGUUAACAAAAGAGGAAGAGUAUCGACUUUUGUCAGGUUGCUCGCAGUGAGCGAUCCGAAAAUUCUAGAAGCUGACACACAAUUGAAAAAGAAAAUAAACGAAGAAGCAAGUCAAAAUUAUCCGCCACAAUUUACAAUGAGACUUCGAGAUCGUAGAGUUCAAAUGACGUAUCCGGUUCGGUUAACGUGUCAAAUAUUAGGAAAUCCAACACCGAUGGUUACUUGGUUCAAAGACGACGUUCAAAUAAACCAAGAUGAACGUCACGUGUUUUCUUCCGGUGAUCAUUUUUACACGUUGGAAAUUUCCAGAACGAAUUUAGAUGAUUCUGGAUGUUACACGAUAAAAGCAAAAAAUAACGACGGUUCGGUUUCUUGUCACUGCAACCUGAUUGUCGACAAGGGUAUUCGCGCAUACGUAGCUCCACUUUUCAUAAAAGAAUUACCGGAAAUGCGAGAUGUGAAAUGCAAUAACGAAUUAAGAUUGUCGGCAAAAGUUGAAGCAUAUCCUUCCGUCGGAGUCGUUUGGCAUAGAAACGGCGUGAGACUUCGUCCCAGUAGAAAAAUAAUAAUGACUCUUGAUCACGAUGGAACGUUAGAAUUGGCAAUAGCACACAUAACGCAAAGAGAAUCCGGUACUUAUACGUGUACGGCAACAAACGAAGUUGGAAGAACGGAAACAACGUGUAAAGUUAAUGUCAUAUCAGAGUCAUUUAACGAUUCUCUGCCACCGCAAAUACAAGAGCCUGAAUUACCGUAUUCUAAACAACCGAUGUUCAUAACGAAACCUCGAUCAAGUAAUGCUGUAGAAGGUGAUACGGUUUUCAUCGAAUGUGAAGUCAUUGGAGAUCCCAAACCGGAAGUUUAUUGGCUAAGAGAUUUUCUUAAGCCGGAUUACUAUAGGGAUUCGCCAGAUUUUAAAACGCAAGGUAACGGACCGAAAUAUUUACUGGAAAUACCAAAUGCAAAACUCGAUCAUACUGGAACGUAUUCGGUUGUCGCAAGGAACGUACAUGGAGAAACUAAAGCCGUGAUUUCCCUUCAAAUCUAUGCAAAAGGUCAAGGAAAGGAGGACAGGAUGGACCACCGUAAUAAUCCUGUGACUCAUGGGAAAGUGGAAAGGCUUCCGAUAUUUAAAAAAGGACUCAAAGAUAUUCGUUGUUGCGAUGGUGAUGCUGUGACAUUUGAAUGCGUUGUUUUUGCUCCCGAUCCCGUCGAUAUAAAAUGGGAAAAGGAAAAAAAAUCUUUGCCCAAAGGAGGUGAUUUCGAAACGAAUUUCGAUGGAAGUACGGCCACGUUAAUGAUAAAACAAGUUUUUCCGGAAGAUGAAGGAGAGUAUACAUGCGUUGCUUAUAACGAUAUCGGUCGUUCUUAUACUUCGGCGUGUUUGGUCGUCGACGUACCGGAAGAAAAAGAAAAUUUACUCAGUAGGCAAUUAACUCGUCAGUCUGAUAUUAUGUCAAAUGCGUCUACCCCCCGUUCGACUCCUCGCACGACUCCUUCUAGAAGUAUUUCACCGUUUACUUCGAGUAGUUGGAAAGAACCUUUAUCUACGACGGCGAGACAAAAAAGAUUGAAAAUAACACCGCCAAAAUUUUAUGCGGUACCUCAUAAUCGAGUCGCUGAAGAAGGAGAAACGAUACGUUUUCAAUGUGCCGUAUCGGGUCAUCCCACACCUUGGGUGACUUGGGAUAAAGAUAACAGUACCGUGACACCGACUAGAAGAAUAAAUAUUUCGGAAAAAGACGAUUUAAAAAUUUUAGAAAUAGAAGAAGUCACGGUGGAAGAUGCCGGAUUGUAUAGGAUCACCGUAGAAAAUGAAGUCGGUCGUGUUGAAGCAACUGCGAGGCUCGAUGUCAUAGGUGCAAGAGGUCAUAUGACAAAAGCUCAAAGCGUACGAUCUUGGAGUUCUUCGCCGAGUUUUAGAAGGCGGAUAGGAAAUAGCGUGGGUAGAUUAGGAGAUAACGUAACUUUGGCAUGCGAUGUCGUAUCUAGUCCCGAUACCAUAACUUCUUGGUACCGAGAGGGAGAAUUAAUCGUAAAAACAAACAAAACAACACCGACGUGGGAUGGAAAAAUUGCCAUGCUCGAAAUUGAUAAUUUAGAAGAAGAAGAUGCUGGAGUUUAUUCUUGCGUAGCAGAAAAUAACGCAGGGAAAUGUUAUUGUUCGGCUGAAUUGGUUGUCGUCGACAGGGACGACGACCUAAAUACCAUGCCCCCGGUUUUUGUUAACGCUUUGAAAGAUGUUGUCGUGGAAGAAGGAAAUCCAGCAGAAUUACAAGUUCAAAUUAAAGGUGCAGCACCCUUCGACGUCGUUUGGGUUAAAGAUAACAAAGAAAUUCCUAAUUGUCCAGAUUUUCGUUACAUUGAUUACGACGACGGUAGAUUCGGUCUUAGAAUAGCCGAUGCUUUUCUCGAAGAUUCCGGAAAAUAUUUAUGCGAAGUUUUUAAUCAAUACGGAGAAUCUGUUUCAUCGGGUGAAUUAUUGGUCAAAGAAAUUACAACGGAGCGUUUGCCAAAAAUCGUAUUUAGUAAAACUCCAAAUUCUUUAGGGGUGAAAAUUGGUACGAGUGCCAGUUUUUGCUGUCGCGUUCAAAUGGAUGAUAUAAAAUCACGAUGUAAAUUAAUACAAUGGAGUGUCGGGGGGGUGGUAGUCGAUGAUAAAACAAUUUCUAAUCGAUAUACGGUGGAAGGAAAUGACGACAUAAGCAUUCUUCAUAUAAAUUCGGUUAGUGGUAAAGAUGAGGGUGAAAUUGUAUGCACCGCUCGAUACGUUUGUGAUAAUUGUAAGGGUAAAGCGUCAUCGAAUGGUAAAUGUUCGUGUUUGGACAGUUCGUCAUCGUGUUCGGCUGAUUUAAUUAUUUUACCACAACAAGAAAAAUCAAAUUCGAUUGAUGAUGAUGAUGAUGAUGAUAAAAAUAUCGAAGAAUCGAUACCGAAAAUAAUUAACGGUCCGAAAGAUUUAAACGUUUUCAGAGGUGAAAAUAUCGUUUUAAGAGCUUCUUAUACGGGACAACCGAAACCCAUUGUAAAAUGGCUCAAAGGAGGCCAAAUUUUGAGAAAUACAGAUAAGAUAAACAUAAAAACAGGUGAUGGAACUACGAGUUUGUCCGUAUUUACAAUCAAUUCAGACGACAGCGGUAAAUAUGUAGUACACGUUGAAAACGAUUUGGGAAAAGAUUGUCAUUUUUCAUCAGUCUCCGUCAAAGGGCCUCCCGAUCCACCGGCAACGUAUCCAAUAGUUAAAUACGUUGGAAAUAAUGCAUUGGAAGUUGAAUGGUCGAGUCCACAUUUCGACGGUGGUAGUCAAAUAACGGGAUACGUAGUAGAAAUAAAAAAUAAUAUAGAUAAUCAAUGGAAAGAAAUAUCAGGUUUAACUCAUUAUCUAUCAUACGUGGCAAAUAAUUUACAAGAAAAUAUAAAAUAUAAAUUUAGAAUAAAAGCGGAAAAUAUGUACGGUCAAAGCGAACCGAGUUACGAAUCCAACGAAAUUCUCAUACCAUCACACACAAAGUUGGAAAAUGAUGAUGAUACUAAUUUCACAAUAAUACAAUCGGGAAACGUAUUUAAAAAAAAUUAUAAAGUUUUAGAAGAGCUUGGAAAAGGACGUUACGGUGUCGUGCACAAAGUCGAAGAAUUCAAAACGGGACGAAAAUUGGCGGCAAAAUUUGUCAAGUGCAUCAAAAUGAAAGAUAGAGAAAAAGUCAAAGAAGAAAUUGAAAUUAUGAAUUUUUUAAGGCAUCCGAAACUUUUGAGUUUGGAGGCCGUUUUUGAAAAUCCCCGGGAAUACGUCAUGGUCAUGGAAUACAUAUCGGGUGGAGAAUUAUUUGAAAGAGUCGUGGCGGAUGAUUUUCAACUGACGGAAAGAGAUUGCAUAUUGUUCAUGAGACAAAUAUGCGAAGGAGUCGAAUACAUGCACAAAAACAACAUCGUGCACCUGGAUUUGAAACCUGAAAAUAUAAUGUGUCAAUCGAGAACGUCGCACGAAAUAAAAUUAAUUGAUUUCGGUCUUGCACAAAAGCUCGAUCCGAAUACUCCGGUUCGCGUUCUUUUCGGUACUCCAGAAUUUGUACCACCGGAAAUAAUCAAUUACGAACCCAUAGGAUUAGAAACUGAUAUGUGGUCGGUUGGUGUGAUUUGUUACGUGUUAUUGUCUGGUUUGUCACCGUUUAUGGGUGAAAACGAUGCGGAAACGUUUGCCAACAUAACGAGAGCUACGUUUGAUUUUGAUGAUGAAGCUUUCGAUGCUAUUUCUCAAGAUGCUAAAGACUUUAUAUCGAUGCUUAUCGUUAAACGAAAAGAAAAACGACUGACAGCAUCCGAAUGUUUAAAAAAUAAAUGGAUGAUGUCAGAACAUGACAAAACAAUGAAAGUCGUUUUAAGCACUGAUAAACUUAAAAAAUUUAUUAUUAGAAGAAAAUGGCAGAAAACGGCAAAUGCCAUCAGAGCAUUGGGACGAAUGGCAUCAUUGUCGGCAGCAUCACGAAGAAAUUCAGGACAAAUAAAUAAUAAUAGUCAAUUAGAAAAUAAAAAUUACGUCGAAAUGGUAUCAAAUUCUAGUCUGAAAAAAUGUUGCGGUUAUAAUAAAUUAUUAGAAGAUGGGAGAGAAGGUGAUGGAGAUUCGAAAAAAGAAGGAGGAGAAGAAGAAGAAGAAGGAAAAAAUAAUAAUUUGAAAUUAUUUAAAAGCGAAAGAAGCGAUUCGGGUAUAAGUGAUUGUUCUUCUGUCGGUUCUAAUCAUUCAUCAACUUCUGCAUAUCAAACGGGAAAUAAUUUAUUAAAUAAAAAAUAUUCAAUAACAGAAGAAAAGGAAUCAGACUCCAAUACGAUCGAUAAUGACGAUGAUGAUGAUGAUGAUGAUGGGGAAAGGAAAAGAGAAGAUGGAAAUAAUGAUAUGUUUAAAAAAAAAGAAAUCCAAGAAAAAGUAUCGGAUAUAAAAAAAAAAUUUAUUGAUUUUAGUCAAAACGUGGAUGAAAUGGAUAAAAAAUUAGAAAAUGUCGGUAAAAAAUUAAACGAUAUAUCAUCGAGUCAAAUAAAUGUAAUUACAAAUAAUCAAAUUAAACGAGUGGUCGUACCUGAUUUAAAAGAAAUGAAAAAUGGAAACGAUGUCACAAUACCAUUAAAAAAUACACCCCCAUCGGGAAAAAUAACGACGAACGUUAAAAUUAAUAUUAAUUCAUCUGUUUCUUUGCCAACAGCAGAAGAAAAAUUGCCAGGAGUAUAUGUGAAAACUAACGGGGAGGUGGUGAACGGAUGUAAACCUUCUUCGAACGUUCAAAGGAAGUUACAGGAAACGUAUAAUUAUUCAAAAGUUGCUGCCGCAGUUAAAAAUUUAAAUGAGAAAUUAGAAAAUGUAAGCAAUAAAAAAUUUAAUAAUUUUAAUGAUAAUAAUAAUAAUAAGAUUAGGGUAACGCGUUCGAGAAAUUUUCAAGAAACUGUAGCAUUUUGGAAAAGAUAG